AUGUCGGUUCCGUACCUCAUCAAUAGUGCCGGUGGCCAUAUUCCUGCCUCGGAAAGAAUCCCAGUUAUUGCCAGACCUUUCGUGAGCGAACGAGCGAAGAAGACAUUGGAUCUGGUCGAGAGAUUUGUCGAAGAAGAAUGCAUCCCCGCCGAUGCGGUCUUUGCCCAGCAGAUCAACCAAAAUGGUGGCGACAUUGUCUCCCGCUUCGACGCCCACCCUCAGGUCAUUGAAGACCUCAAAGUCAAAGCCCGCAAGCUGGGUCUGUGGAACAUGUUCCUGCCCAAGAACCAUUUCAAGGAAGGUGCUGGCUUCUCCAACCUCGAGUAUGGCUUGAUGGCCGAGUACCUGGGCAAGUCUGCCGUCGCCAGCGAAGCCACCAACUGUGCGGCCCCGGACACGGGCAACAUGGAAGUCUUCGCCAAGUACGGAACCGAGGAGCAGAAGAAGCAGUGGCUCGGACCUCUGCUUAACGGCGAGAUUCGGUCGGCGUUCUUGAUGACGGAGCCGCAAGUGGCCAGCAGUGACGCGACCAACAUCGAACUGAACAUGAGGAGAGAUGGCGACUACUACGUGCUUAACGGCCAGAAAUGGUGGUCCAGCGGUGCGGGCGAUCGCCGGUGCAAGAUCUACAUUGUCAUGGGCAAAUCCAAUCCCAACGAGCCGAGCCCUUAUAAGCAACAGUCGGUUAUUCUCGUCCCUGCUGACACCCCCGGCCUCACCAUUGAGCGAAUGUUGUCCGUCAUUGGUUUUGACGACGCCCCCCACGGCCACGGCCACAUCACCUUCAACAACGUGCGCGUGCACAAGAGCAACAUGAUCCUGGGUGAGGGACGAGGCUUCGAGGUCGUCCAAGGCCGUCUCGGCCCCGGCAGAAUCCACCACGCCAUGAGAUCAGUUGGUGCUGCUGAACGAGCGCUGGAAUACUUCCUCGCCCGCAUGAACGACCCGGCCAAGAAGCCAUUCGGCAAACUCCUGGCCGAGCACGGAAUCAUGCUGGAGCGUGUGGCCAAGUCGCGCAUCGAGAUCGACUCUGCCCGUCUCGCCGUGCUCAACGCGGCCAUCAAGAUCGACCAGUCCAACGCAAAGGACGCUCUCAAGGAGAUCGCCGAGGUCAAGGUGCAGGUGCCCAACAUGCUGCUCGACGUCCUCGACCGCGCCAUCCAGGCCUACGGCGGCGCCGGUGUGUCCCAGGACACGCCCCUGGCGGCCAUGUGGUCGAGCGGCCGGACCAUGAGGAUCGUCGAUGGCCCCGAUGAGGUGCACAUGCUGCAGCUGGGCCGCAAUGAGAACAAGCGCGGCCCCGCUCUGUUGAAGCGCAUUGCCGCCCAGAAGGAGAAGACUAGGGAGUUGCUCCGCCAAUAUGGCCUAGAGGCCAAGGACCCAUUGGCCCUGAGACGGGUCAGUGGAGGAGGGUCGAAGUUGUAG